AGCGGGGCCGCAGCGGAGCCGGAGCCGAGCGAGGAGGAGGAGGAGGAAGAAGAAGAGGAGGAGGAGGAGGAGAGGGGAGCGGAACGGAGCGGAGCGGAGCGGCGGCACACGGACUUGUGCCCACUGGGCCGAGGGGAGCGAGCCGCCGCCUGCCAGCCCGGCUGGCGAGCAGGGGAGGGAAGGGGGAAAGAAAAGACAAACUAAAUGCCAAACAACCCCCGGCGUUUGAUCUCGCCUGCUUUUUGUCUUUUUUUUUUUUUUUUUAAUUUUUCAAUUUUUAAAAAUUUUUCUGAAAAAAAAAAUAAUUACAGUCUUUUUGUCAAAUUGUGCCGCGCGUGGAGUUGUUUUCCGUACACCCCUGACAAACAAAGGAAAAAGGGGGAGGGGGACCGCGCUUCGCAGAAGACAUGCGUUCAGUCAGGAAGAGGUGGACUGUGUGCACCAUAAGUCUCCUCCUCAUCUUCUACAAGACGAAAGAAAUAGCGCGGACCGAGGAGCGCCAGGAGACACCGCUCGCCGGAGAUGGUGAGCUGAGUUUGAGUAGAUCAAUGAUCAAUAGCUCUGAUAAGAUAAUCCGUAAGGGUGGCUCUGCUAUCUUCCAGCAUUCUGUAGAAGGUUGGAAAAUCAAUUCUUCUUUGGUACUGGAGAUAAGAAAGAGUAUACUUCGAUUCUUGGAUGCUGAAAGAGAUGUCUCAGUGGUCAAAAGCAGCUUCAAGCCAGGAGAUGUAAUCCAUUAUGUACUGGACAGACGUCGCACCCUAAAUAUUUCUCAGGAUUUGCACAGCCUUCUCCCUGAGGUUUCCCCAAUGAAGAAUCGCCGAUUUAAAACCUGUGCAGUUGUUGGAAAUUCUGGCAUCCUUCUGGACAGUGGGUGUGGAAAAGAGAUUGAUAGCCAUGACUUUGUAAUAAGGUGCAAUCUAGCUCCUGUGGUGGAGUUUGCUGCAGAUGUGGGAACUAAAUCUGAUUUUAUUACCAUGAACCCAUCAGUUGUACAAAGAGCAUUUGGAGGCUUUCGGAAUGAGAGUGACAGAGAAAAAUUUGUGCAUAGACUAUCCAUGCUGAAUGACAGUGUCCUUUGGAUCCCUGCUUUCAUGGUCAAAGGCGGAGAGAAGCACGUGGAGUGGGUUAACGCAUUAAUCCUUAAGAAUAAAUUGAAAGUGCGAACCGCCUAUCCAUCACUGAGACUUAUUCAUGCUGUCAGAGGCUACUGGCUGACAAACAAGGUCCACAUCAAACGACCCAGCACUGGUCUCCUCAUGUAUACUCUUGCCACCAGAUUUUGUGAUGAAAUUCACCUGUAUGGAUUUUGGCCAUUCCCGAAGGAUUUACAUGGAAAACCAGUCAAAUAUCAUUAUUAUGAUGAUCUGAAGUAUCGGUACUUUUCUAAUGCCAGUCCUCACAGGAUGCCAUUAGAGUUUAAAACGUUAUAUGUAUUACAUAACAGAGGAGCACUUAAAUUAACAACAGGGAAAUGUGUACAGCAAUAAAGCACAUGCAAAGUACGGUAAGAACUACAGAAGAUGCACCUCAUCCUAAAGAUGUUGUGGAAUGGCAAUGGGAUCCCAGUGAGGAUAUGUUUCAAUACCCACUAAGCCAUUGGAAAAAGGAAUUUUAUCAGAAGUACAUAACCAGCUAUUAUACCUGUAAAGUGCUAUAAAAACUAAGCUAUCUUGACUGCAAGGGUUCAAGUAAGUGCCACUUUCACUAAGAACAAAGCUUGAAUGUAUACUCAGUAGUGUUUACAGAAUCCAGUGACACAUUCAUCAUGAAUUAAAGAAGAAAAUAUAGCCUGCUUACUGCUGACUUGCCGCUGUGGUCAGGCAGCCCACAGAAGAAAUCCCCUGUGGACUGAAUAUUCUCUUGAGCAAAUAAACCAGGCUUUAGCAGAAAAAGAAAAAAAAAAAAAAAAACAUGAUGGGAUUGAGUAGAGAAAGUGAAGUCCAUAAGAUCAAACAAAUAAGUAAAUGCCUUCAGUCAGGGGACUGUUUCUGAUCUUGUAUUAUAACCUCAGCUUUUGUUGCUGUUUUUCUUAUUGCUGUUGGUUGGAUUUUGUUGUUUUUGAGUAUUUGAAUCCUUAAACGGUUUUGAGGAUGUUAUGAAUAAUUCAAAGUAAAUAUCUUAUUGAAUUGUCUUGGGAAAAAAAAAAAAAAAGGAAAAAAAAAAGGUGGGAGGGUGGAGGGAAGUAUCAAAUACUUUGUAAAUUGUUGUUGUGUUGUAUCCUGCUGUCACACAACCUUUAACCUCCCAAUUGUUUUUCUAGCUACAGCUGUCAAUACAUGGAACCACUCAGAGAAAGGUCAUUUUGAGCCAUUUUUUAAUGAGAAGUGUUUCUGUUGUGUGCAGAUUUGAAGACACACUUACAAAAAGGUGCCCUUAUUUUUGGUACCAAAGAUUACUCUUAUAGUGUACACUAUUUUUCCUUUCCUCAAAGAAAUAGAGUAGAUUUAGUAUGAUGUUUCUUUGCUGCUGAAGGGAACAUGCUUUUUAAGUUUUGAGUGAAGCAUCUCAAAGCAAAGACUCUUUACUUACUUUGCCUUUAUAAUUUAAUUCUUCAGAAAAAUCUGCAGGAGUAAAGAAAUUAUUUCAUGCAUUCAAGUAUAAAUAUGAUUUUUAUUCCUAAUUGAAAGGAAAACAUAAAGUCUAAAGGAACUCAGGUGACAUAAUGGAACAUGUUUAAAGAAAAAAAUGGUUUAGCCAAUUAAAUGCAAAAUAAAUGAACUGCAGAUCAAGCAGUUCUUUUAAAGCUUAAAUUUCUAACGGUGUUGGAUGAUAUCUCUAAUAUACCUCUUUUCUGUGAGCUUGAUGUUCUGAUAUGUAAUUGCAUGAAAUAACAUAGAGCUGCAUUAUCUUACUUUGAUUUUUCUGAGCAUCUUGUUUAUUCAUGAAAAAGAGAAUUCUUUUCCUCUCUUCUUUCAGAAAAGAGAACAGGGAAUUACAGGAGGGUAGGGAAGGGUGGAGUGUCAGUGCAACUUGUACAAAGAUGCAAAAUGUGUGUGCAUAAUGAUACGUGUUAUCUCUAAUGGAGCAGGUAAAGGACGAACACCGUGGUUCCACCAUUUUCAUGUCAAUCUAGGAUAAGGAGGAGACAUGCAGGUACAAUGUGUGGGUAUUUUCUUGCUGUUUUCAACUCUAGGUUAGGUCCUCACCUCCAAAUAUUAUAUUCAGUGCAUCUCUUGAACUUUGAGCUAGUCUGAGCACUUUCAUAUGUAGCACAAUACUCAAAAAACAUUUACUAGCUAAAAACACCACUUGUUACCUAUUUUUCCUCUUAAGUUCAUGUGUGUUUCAUCAUGAAUGGCCAGAGGUCUGUGAUUAUGCAAGUUUAGUAGGCUAAACCACUGCCUUGUAAACACUUUUGCCAGCAGUUGAUGGGAAACAGGAAGUCAUUACGCUGUACCUAGGACACAGUAGCAUCUUUUCUUAUUCACCUGUCUCUCCUACUCAGGACAGUUUACUUCAGCUAUAUGUUAAUGUUUGGAAUGUGGUCAUAAGAUGAUCACCACUGAAACCAAGACACCACUAGGUACUAGGUAGUACAAAUCAGAAUGUAUUUAAUUCUUGUUGAUCAACCACAGUGUUCUGUGUACACUGUAUAAAUCUGUAGUUUAGGACAAAAGUAUUUCCUCGAUGAAGGGUAGGCACAUUCCUCUUCUUUUUGUUAGGGUUUUGCUGCUGUCAAUUUUUUAAAACAUAUUUUAUAUACAUUGACUGACUUUCCUUUGUUGAAUUCACAGAUGCCAGUCUCACAGAAGCUCAGGAAAGCACCUGAUGAGCUUUACUUUUUACUCUGAGAAUAUCGUUUCUUCUUCACUGUAGUGUUAGGAUAAAAAGGGAAUUCUAGUAGACUAAAACAUAAACUGACAGUUUAUUGUUGCUGUGGUUUUUGUUUUGUUGUUUUGUUGUUUUGUUUUGUUUUGUUUUGUUUUGUUUAUUUGUUUCACCUCAGGGCAAGUUUUAGUCACAGAGAAUCACACAGAAUGGCCGAGGUUGGAAGGGUUCUCAUCUGGUCCAACCACCCUGCUCAAGCAGGGCCACCUAGUGCAGGUUGCCCAGGACCAUGUCCAGAUGGCUUUUGAACACCUCCAAGGAGGGAGACUGCACAGACGCUCUGGGCCACCUGUCCCAGUACUCUGUCACCUUUACAAUGGGCUUGUUCUUUCGCAAGUGCAGGACUUCACAUUCUUCUUGUUGAACUUCAUGAUGUUCAUGUCAGCCCAUUUCUCCAGCUUGUCCAGGUCUUUCUGGAUAGCAGCAUGACCCUCUAGCAUAUCAUCCGCUCCAAAGAUUGCCUUUACAAGUCAGCAGAUGAAGAAAAAUUUGUCCUGAGCCUGUUUUGCAAGAGUCACAUUUGAUUCUCUGUGAAUGAAAUCAACUUUAAUACACAAGCCAGGGAGUCCAAAUUUCCACCUUGUGAUUAAUGUCUGAUAGAACAGGGUUACUCAGGGCAAGGUUUCUCAAAGCUGCUUUGACAUACGCUGUGACAGUAACACCUGCUUCCAAGGCAACAGUAGUUUGUCUAUGCCUUGUCAAAACUGGGCUUUAACCUGCAGACUUUCCACCUUCAUGUUUCAUACUUCUUGCACCAUGAGCCGCAGUCUCGUGGCUUUUUACCCUCACUUCCAAUCCUUCUCGAAGAACCAUCCGCUUGAACAGACACCCAAAUGUGUCUCCACACAGAAAGCAUAUGACUCCUCACUAACCCAUCUCUUGUCUCACCUACCUCAACUUUGUCCUGAGUUGGACUUGUAAGGAGGUGAGUGGUAGGUAUCAGAACAUCAUCUGAGGCAAGUAGCAGUUGUAGUCUUUGACCAUGCAGGUUUUCACAAGUGCUGAGACUUUUUACUCUACUGCUCUUGUAUGAAUUAAAAUAUGUGUGUGUCCAGAUGGAACCUAGAGCUUCUGGGGGUCCCUGGCAUGUAUGCAGUUUGGUGUGCUGCAAAGUGUCCAUUUUGAGGUGUUUUGUGACCAUCGGUUAUAGUAGGGUGACCUGAGCUGGGACAUGCUCAGAUGUUUUCCUGUUAGCCCUCUCAUUGCAGGGAGGCUGUAAUAGUGGACUCAUUGCAAACAUCCUCUGACACCUUUCCCUUAGACGUCAUGGCUCUAUAUUGCCCUGGAAGUCUUUGUGCAUUUGUAUCCAGGCAGCCCAGGUCCUGAAAGAGACCAGUUAACUUCCCCUGUGUGAGGCUUUCCCUACAGAUGACCUGGGGAAGGAGAGGGAUGCCUUAGGUGAAUAGGGACUUUACAGCAGAAUAAAUGUCACCUUGUGGUCCUUCACAGUGCAGCAGUCACCAGCUUAAGCUUCUGUAGCUGCCUUGGAUGAUUUCUGUUUUUCAUAAACAUUCAUACAUCCUGUGCUGCCUAUAGCACAUAUCAGAUAAGCAGGCUUUAUUGUGAUUAUUACUUUUAUCAUCCAACACUAUCAACAGCUAAUAUGAAGUAGAUAGAAUAAAAAUAAGUAUCCCUAAUAUUGUAACAAUAUCUGCACUGUUGAGGAUCAUCUGUGGAACACCUAUGGACUGAGUGUUCCUCAUAUUCAUCCUCACAUAAGUGAUAUCAAUUGCCAGCUAUGGUUCCUAAAAGUAUGAUAAAAAUAAGAACCGGGAGCUAUAUCAGGACAGCAGACAGUGUAUAUUUUUCAAAUCGCUAUGUUAAUAUUUCUGUAGCAGAGAGUUUUUCUCUUAUAUUUCAUAAAAAUAAUAGAUAAAUACCUUUGAUUGUUAAGUUUUCAGCUUUGGGACAAUUCUUUCUCCCACAGCUCUGAGCUACUCUCCAGACACAAGAUCUACUGAGCCUUUCAAACUUUGUCCGGUUUACACAAUCUGAUGUCAAAUAAAAAUUGUACCAUUCUUUUGUUAAACAAUAAAAUCAAGACAUACUUGAGGACAGCACCCUUUUUUUUUUUUUUUUUUUUUUUUUUUAAAUUCAUUGCAGUUUGAAGAAAAAGAGCUGUAGGUUCAGUACCUUUUAUUAGUGUUUGAUCUGGAAAAGUGCUGAGCACUCCUUACGGUGACUUUCCUGGGUGAGACAUGUCCAGGAUUUAGAUGGGGAUCUAGAUUAGCAUAUUUCAGGAUAUGACUCUGAAAUUGCACAUUAUUUAUUUUUAAGAGCACUGUUACUUUGUGUAGGGAAAAGCACAAUUCUUCUAAAUGUAGAUAAAACAGAGGAAGAACGUUUACAGAGAGCAUCAUUCCUGCACAGUACAAUUGCUACUGAGCAUAUGUAAUACAAUUUCUGUGGUUUAAAGUAUUGAUAUGUAUUCUGUCAGGAUUGUCAUGUCUGACACUUUAAUAUUAUUUCAAGUAUAGUUAUUGGGGAUUGUUUUUUUUUUUUUUUUUUUUAAUUUGUACAACUGUAAAAUAAAGAUUUUUUUUUUCAUUUUUUUUUCUGCUA